AAUAAAAUGUUCUCAAUAAAAAGAGAGUAAAAAAGAAGAAGCAGCUUUUACCAUUCAAAACGACCCGAUCCAUUUGUCCUCUCAACCAGACAACCUUACCGCUACAAAGAAUGAAAAUGCGUGUUGUUAGCGCUUAAACCGACCCUUGUAGUUUUUCAGUUGCAAAAGAUGUACUCCAACAAGUUUAAGAAACCUGAAAACGAAGAGGUCAAAGAAGAAAGUGGAAGGGGUAAACAAAGCAUCGAUCUUGGAAAUGGUAGUGAAGUUAUUUACAUUCAAAGGUUUAUAGGAUUUGAGAAAUCGUGGGAAUUCUUUGAUUAUCUCAACAAACAUAUCCCUUGGAUUCGACCCACCAUUCGUGUCUUCGGUCGGCAAUGCCUCCAGCCUAGAGAUACAUGUUAUGUUGCAAGUCCAGGAUUGCCAGAAUUAGUGUACAGUGGAUAUAAGCCACAUGCCUACUCUUGGGAUGAUUUCCCUCCAAUCAAGGACCUCUUGGAUAUGGUCCUUGAAGCUCUUCCUGGGAGUAAAUUUAACAGCCUGCUCUUGAAUAGGUAUAAAGGUGGCAAUGACAAUGUUGGUUGGCAUGCUGAUGAUGAGAAGCUUUAUGGACCUACUCCUGAAAUUGCUUCGGUUUCAUUUGGAUGUGAACGUGAAUUCUUGUUGAAGAAGAGACCUAUGAAAUCAUCCCAAGAAAGAAGAUUGGAUGAUGAACCUACGAGCAAGAGACUAAAGAAGAGCAGCCAUUUUGAUCAGCAUUCAUUCAUAUUGAAGCAUGGAUCGCUAUUGGUGAUGAAAGGUUACACGCAAAGGGAUUGGCUUCACUCAGUGCCUAAGCGUGCAAAAGCAGAGGCUACUCGGAUUAACCUUACAUUCCGGCAUGUUGUUGUCUAACAAGGCCUUGGAAGGAGGAUAUUUGGUCAUUUGGUGCCUGUUGCUUAUUAUAACCCCUUAGUUCUGAGCUACAUUUUGCAAUCAAGGAGAGAGGAAUCAUUGGCUUGUUUUGACGCAA